UUUGUUUCUUGUUUUUUUUUUUGUGUUGAAAGAUGAUAAAGGCAAGGGAGUUGAUUUGGUUAAGAUGGCUGCCUUUUCUCUGCGUUUUGUGCGGAAGUGUAUAUUCAAGCAAACGUCCCAAUAUAUUGUUUAUCAUGGUAGAUGAUAUGGGCUGGAACGACGUAUCGUAUCAUGGAUCGGAUCAGAUUAUAACGCCAAAUCUUGACACUUUGGCAACGCAGAGCGUCAUCCUACAACAGUAUUACAGCGAAGCGAUUUGCACGCCAGCUCGUACGGCGCUCUUGACCGGAAAAUAUCCAAUGAGAUUAGGUAUGCACGGAAUGCCACUUUAUAACUCCGAAGACCGUGGUAUACCAAUAACCGAGCAAUUGUUUCCGGAGUAUUUAAAGAAAUUGGGAUAUUGCACGCAUUUAGUUGGCAAGUGGCAUGUUGGUAUGUCUAGACGACAGUUUUUGCCACUGUCGAGGGGAUAUGAUUCUCAUUACGGUACGAGAGGCGGCUUCGUGGACUACUAUACGCAUCAUAAGGUCGAGGGGUGGCCAAACGGGAGACAAUUCUUCGGUCUCGAUUUCUUCGAUGAUGAUAUCCCACAAAAUGAAGAAGAUCGAUACAUUGUAGAUGCACUAACGGAGAGGGCUAUUAAAAUUAUUCAAAAUCACAACGAGUCUCGUCCACUGUUUCUCCACUUGGCUCAUACGGCGCCACAUGCGGGUAAUGAAGGCGGCCUCUUACAGCCUCCACUUUUCAGUACUGUCAGGAAUCGCCAUAUCGCCCACUCUGAUAGACGUUUAUAUGCAGAGAUGGUGACACAUUUAGAUACACAUAUAGGCAAAGUCGUUAGGGCUCUAGCAAAUAAAGGAAUUUUACAAGAUACAAUUAUUGUAUUUGUAUCCGAUAACGGAGCACCGACAGUAGGCCAGUUUAAUAAUUGGGGAGUAAACUUACCGUUUCGAGGAAAAAAACAAACUCCAUGGGAAGGAGCAGUUAGGGUACCAGCAUUUAUAUGGCAUUCAUCGUUUAAGCCUAAAGUUUGGGAUGGCAUUAUGCAUAUAACUGAUUGGAUGCCAACUUUAUUAGCAGCGGCUGGUGGUGAAAUAGGAACAGGAAUAGAUGGAGUAAAUCAAUGGAAUUCUAUACGUGGAGAGGGAGAAUCGAAGAGAAAUGAUGUUCUUAUAGCCAUCGAGGAUAGUGCUACAAAUGUGUACGCUGCCUAUAGGUCCGGUGAUUAUAAAAUCAUUGUUGGCAAUGUAUCUGGCUUGAGUAAUGGUUACUAUGGAUCAGAUUUUUUGAGGUUAAAGGAAUCUCCACCAGACUAUUUUCCAUCUCUUAGGUCUUCUGAUGUUGCUAAAGUAUUUGAAAAGCUUGGUAUGCAAUUAGAUUAUGAUCAGGUAUUGGCUAUGCGGAAAGCGAGUGUUAUUCGUCAAUUAGAUGGAGUAAGAGACCUUAUUCCCUGCGAGCCGACACCUACUCGUGGUUGCUUGUACAAUGUUCGACAAGAUCCAUCAGAGAGUCAUAACCUUUGGUCGCGUGCAACAAAAAUAGCCGCGUUGCUCACAAGCAGAUUGCGCGCAUUGUGGUCAAUGCAACAGAGAAGAGGACCACUCGCCUUGGAUGCUAGAUCUGAUCCAGCAAACUUUGAUUACAUAUGGGUUCCUUGGCUCAAUGACACUAUGCCUGGUGAUACUAACAAUAAUAACAGUGGCACCAACACAACAGCGAACAAUAUUGACGCAGGUAUCUUAGAAAAUACCUAUCUAGUGAACAAAAGUGACCUCGAUACUAGGACAGUAGCGUCAGUUGUCGGAUGUGAUCGUGCGACGGGAUUCAGAAAUUUACUAUGUUUACUAAAAAGUGUUGUCUAG